AUGUCGCUUAGCUCCAGAAUUAAUGAAAAGAUUUGUGGCUUCCAAUACUUGCAAAAUUCUCUAAAAGUCUUAGAAGUUGAUGGCCACUUAGAUGUACUGCACAAUGUUUUUGGGAAUAUAUAUCGGUCAAAGGAAAAUCGCAAAGAAGAGUUCAAAGAAAGCCUAAAAAUCAUUGUAAAUAAUUUGAUUGAUAUACUGUGAAAAGAAAGCCCUAGAAAUGAAGACGAAAUGUAUCAAACUCCCAGUCCAAAAAUAAACGAAAUUUCUAAGUCGCGCUCUACAACUGCUUUUAAUACAGAAAGAAGUACAUAUCGUCAAGUUUAUUCAGCUAAAAGUCCAGCAAGCUGCAGAAAGUCACCUUUAGAUCACUUUGAUAUUGUGGUUCCGAGUGAAUCUCGGACCCCAAAAUUGUUGCAGCAAAGAAAUAGCAGUCCGUUAGCAAACCAGAAUAAUUCAUUUCAGCUAAUUUCAGAUUUUGGGUAUCAACCAGGAGCAGUUACGUUUUGUAAGGCAGAUAGAAAACUUAAUGAGGUAAAAACAUUAACUCCUGGCCCAGGGGCAUACGAAACAAAGCAGUUAAAUAGAUCACCCAGUGCGCUGAUGCCGCGUGCUAUAAGACGAGCUGACAACAAAACUCCAACCCCCUCUCCAGGGGAUUAUAACCCACUUGUGAGGUUUUUGUCUAAGCGAUUAUAG